CGUUGCUCAAAUUUUUCUUAACUAUGACCGAUCGAUAGGUGGAUCGAACUAUCUAUCCGUAGGCAACACCGUGAGCAAACGAAUGACCUUAUUAUUAUUUUCUUUUUUUCAUUAAUAAAAAGUGCAUUCCAUUCAAUAAUAUGCGAUAAAUAAAUUAAAUCGCUCGUUGCUUAUUCACAUAUUUAAGAUUUUGGUUGUUGAGCAAUCAGUUUUCGUAUAUGUCGUACCUACUUACUUAGGUAACGUUAAAUUGCUACGUGAGCAUUUUUUCAUUGUACGUUUCAAGCCAUUCGUAAAUACAAUGUAAAUGUACAUGGCGAAUUAGUGUAGGAAGUACUUAUUACUCACAAUAGCUGAAACAAUUAUGUAGAAAUCGACAUAUGGUAUUUUACAUUUACAUUCACAUGCAGCCCUUGGCAUGUGAAUAUAAUGUCAACUUCAUCAGUAUCAGUUCUGGGCGAAUCCACCAGAUUAGUACCGGCCCACGUAUCGGCCGUUUUCGAAAUCGUCACAAAAAAUCACAAUAUCAUUCCCGAAGAUAUCACGGUUCACGUGAUAUCUCCUAGUAAAAGGGCCAUCCAGGCGCGUGUACUUCCCGGAACUAGAACCGGAGUACAAAGCGUUGAAUUCGUUCCCAACGAAGUUGGGACACACAUAAUCGAAGUGGCCGUUGCGGGGGAAAAACUCCUUACCCCAUUAGUGGCCAAAGUAUAUGAUACAAGUCUUAUACAAGUCACUGAUGUUGGCAGCGGAGUUGUUGGCCAACCUGUUCAGUUUAAGGUUGAUGCCAGUCAAGCUGGAGAGGGUCAACUUGAGAUAUCAAUAAACGAAGGGGAAGUACCCAAUCACGUUCAGGUGGUUGGGGGAGGCAGAUGUUUAGUAUCAUUCACCCCCGACGUCGCCAAGCCUCAUCUAAUCGAUAUAAAAUUCAAUGGCGAAACAGUAAGGGGUUGCCCAUUUGUCUGUCCAGUGGCAGACACAAGCAGAGUGAAUCUGAGCCUGACUCACCUCGAACUGAUCCCCGUCAAUCAACCCAGUUCGUUUCAUAUUGCGGUUGUAGGGGGCGGCACCGCCGAAUUAGCGGUAGCCGUUCGAGGUCCUUCUGGGGAAUUACCGGUAAAAGUAACUGGAGAUAUUCAUUCCGGAUUUACAGCUGAAUUCACCCCCGUUCUUGUGGGUGCUUAUCAGAUAACAGUAGAUUACAACGGUCGCCCGGUACAGGGCACCCCCUUUGUGGCAAAAGCAUUUGAUUGCACUAAAGUCUCAGUCGGCCAUGUCGCCCACGGAAUUGUGGGGAGACCGGUUACCUUUUCUGUAGACGCUAGCGAGGCUGGCGAGGGUAACUUGGAGAUAACGAUUUCGGCAAGGGGAUUGAAUAUACCCACUCAGGUGCAUCCCCAAGGUAAUGCCAAAUUCGCCGUCAGUUUUGUACCCGUUGAAGCGUGCGAUCAUGUAAUUAAUGUGGCAUUUAACAAACGACCCGUGGUCGGAUGUCCCUUGAUUGUUGGGGUUGGUAGCGGAAGCAACGGGCCGAGUGUUACCCUUCCGGGGCCAGGGCCUAUUCACAAACCAAGCACUCUCUUGAUUAAUCAUCCGGGGAGGUUGGAAGAUAUCGAAGUUAAUGUCGAGGGUGAGAAUGAUGCAAUAAUAUUUUGUGGUUUCAGGACGACGGUGGCGGGGUAGUUUUAGGGUGGUGGUGGUGGUCGUAGUUACAAAUAAGUAUACAUACGCUU